CUGAACCGGAACCGGACAGUAAAAGGCCUUGACCAAACCUCGAGAAGUGUGUCGCAGCAAGCGGAAAAAGGGCUUGCUUGACAUGCAUAUUAUUCUCUUUGAUCCCAGCCAUUGUUUGCUGCCAAUCUAUAGUCCGCAAUAGAAUUCAGCAUCCUUGCCUUCUACUAGACGAAACAAGCGAGGGAAAAGAUCUCCGCCUGAGGAGAGCAACUUAUCAUAUUGAUGGGGCAAGAAAGAGGCUUAAAAUCUGAAGACAAUUUUCAAGUAAGAUUGAGGCCCAAAGUUGUUAGUUCUUGCAUUUCUAGCAGUAAAAAGGUACAAGAAUGUGAUAGAAAAGGACUUCCUAGAUAUUACGACUUGAACAGAUUGGAUAGUGAUCUGAGAGUACUGGGCCGCAGUUAUUCUUCCAGCCCCGGUUACAAAAUCAUGCCUCUAAAAAUGAGUGAUAAAGUGCCAAAAAGAGGUUCUAUGUAUCGGAGCUCUAAAGAGGUAUCAAGAAUGAGAAAACUAAGAGAUAUGAGGAAAGUUGAAUCAUGUUGCAGUGAUGAUGCUUUUUUUUCAUUUGAUAUCAUUGAUUCAUUCCAUCAUCAUGGCUUGAAAGAACCUGUUUUGUUUUCACAUGAAGAACAUUCACCUCUUGGUUCUAUGGAUGCUACAUUGGAUCCUUUAUCCGUUGACCCAACCGACUCAAACACAACAAGAUCUAUGGGUUUUUUAGAUCUUUCAUCUCAUGAUCUUCCUGACAAGAAUCAAAGUCUGAAUAAAUCAUGCUCAUCUUCUGCCUCCAGAAAGAAUAGUUCUAUAGAUGACCUUUUUGAGAUCUCCCUGCAAAGCAUUGAAACAGAAUCUCAUUCUACAUAUGCAGCAAAUGAAUUUCUAAGAGCAAGAUCUCACAAGGAUCAAAAGUUUCAUCAUGAUCAAAGAACUGAUCCUAGAAUUUCUGAGGAAAUCAUUUCUCAACUAGAUUCAGUAAAUAUUCUACCGAAGUCCUUUUCAUCAAAGGUAGGGAUGUCAAAUAUAGCUAAGUUAGAAAUUGCUUUACUUAAUGCCAGCCCAAAAAUUCAACUUACCCCACCCAGUAACACUUCUGAUCCCAUUAGGAAAACCAAAUCUCUCCAAAAUUCAUCGCAUUUAGAAAAAGAAAAUUUUGGAAGUAGUGCUAGUGAAGCUGCAAAAAUCAGGAGGAGUGAAGUGCUUUGCGAAUCUUUACUAAAUGACCUCUCUAUUAUGGCACAGCAGAUGGAGAUGGAUGAAAAUUUACAGAGACAACAGGCUUUUAUCACAGCUUCUUCACCUGCUCACCUUAAUGGAAUCCUUAAACUGGAAACUGUGAAUGGAAACCCAAUUUUUGAGUUCUCUGUAAAAGCUCCUGAAGAUGUUCUUAUUGCUAAGACAUGGAAAACUGAUAAUGCAUUUAACUGGAUUUAUACCUUCCAUAGCUCUAACAAGAAGAUAAACAACAACAGCAGGACAAAAGAUCAGGAUGGGCAAGCACCUCCAAUGGUUGGGCAGAUGCAAGUUUCUUGUUUUUUGUGCUCAGAAGUAAGAGAAAAAGGAUCAUUGCAUAACUCGAUAGCUAUGGAGUUUGUUCUAUAUGACAUUGCCCAAGCAAGAAGGAGCAUCAUGAUUGAUGAAAGAUCUCAGUGCUCUUUAGAUUCUACUCAUCCUCUGACCAGUAGUGUCAGCACAACCUCAGUCAAAGAGAAACAUAUAGGCAUAGAUAAUUCAAAGGAGCACCAAAAUCCUACUCGGAAUACAUGCAGUAGUUUUCGGUCAGAUGCAUCAACUUCUUGCCCAUGGUCACCAGCAGAUUUGCAUCCGCAACUUGAGAUUGCAACUACUAUUGUUCAAAUUCCUUUCGAUAGAAGGAAGGGCUCAAAAGGUUUAAAAGAAGUCACCUCAAAAGAAAAUCAAAAUUUAUCAAGUUAUCCUGCUGUUGAUCAGGAAAUGGAGAUCUGCUGCUGCCUAAAUCCUGCAACUGUCAAGGUGAUAACCCCUAGUGGCACACAUGGGUUGCCAAAUACCGAUGAAGGUGGUCCGUCCACCUUACAAGAUAGAUGGAGGUCUGGUGGAGGAUGUGAUUGUGGUGGCUGGGACAUGGGCUGCCCAAUUGUCGUGUUCAAUAAUUCUCAUGCCGAUGAUUGGGUGGAUUCCCAAACAUUUGAGAGUCGGAAGUCAAUGUUUCUUUUUCUUCAGGGAAGCAAAGAAAAGGUGCCUGCACUAUCAAUAAUGGCUGAUGGGAAAGGACAAUAUCUUGUUGAUUUCCAUGCACGAUUAUCAACUUUACAGGCAUUCUCGAUCUGCAUUGCCGUAUUGCAUGGUUUCGAUGUUGCUUCAGCUGUUAUUCAGGAGAAGAACAGGCAAAAGUCACAUUCUAAUUCAUUGAAAUUACUCCUCGAGGAAGAAGUCUGGCGACUGAUUGAAGCCGCUGCAAGUGAAGAAAGAAAAGUGAAACCAACAUCUUUUUUGCUGGAUGCACCCUUUUCUCCAAUGGGAAGAGUUUGAAGUUAGAGCACUUUGUAUCGGUCAAACAGCGAUGGUUAAAACUUUGAUCCUGCACCAGCUGCACCGCAUUGCUUCGCAGAACUGCGAUGCCAGAAUCUGAUCGGCGAUCGAGGAUAUCGAAUAAAUAUUCUAGCUUAAGGGAUACACUGGCAAUCAUUCUUGGUCAUCGGGGGCAGCUACCAAGUUCUUAUGAGCUAAAUUCAAAGGGCUGUCUCAACCUGGUGCCAAAAGCCGGCUUUCUUUCUAUUUGUUAUCAGAGUGUGAAGGAAUGAUGGAAAUCAUGAGUUCUGGAACAAUGUUACAUAUGUUCUAAUUCUUUUAGGCAGAUAAAAGGAGAUUUAUAGAGAUUUCUGUGGUGUAACAAAGUACAGGUCUUGGAUGCAUUACCUUAUAGAUCAUAAUAACCAUUUAUACGUGGACAUUGAUAUUGUCA